UCUUUCAUUAAACUUAGAAAGCAUCUACAGGUACAGUUUAUCAUGUGGAUACAGUGUGCUGGAUGUUUUCAACUCAUAGAUGAACACCAAGUACCUCAAAGAUCCGACAGCAAUAUAAACUGUAAUAUGUGAAACAGGUACCGAAUUAAAUAAUUUAGGUGACAAUUAUGAUAUAAAGAUUGCAUGAGACUAACUGGAUUUUAAAAGUAAAAUUAAGGGAGAAGAGAAUAUUAGAAAGCGUACAAUUGGAAAGCUAAAUAAUAAAUAUUUUUUGGAAAAUUUAUUUUGUGACAGAUUUCCCCAUGCUAUGAACAUAAAUGCAAGCUAUAAAUAGGGCUGUUGAAAUUUAGACCGUUGACCUGUUUAUACCAAAAUCAUAAAACAAAAAAUUUAGUUUUCAAAUUUUCAAAAGGGUAUCUUGUUCAGCAUUCAGUCUCUUUCUCUCUCUCUCUCUCUCUCUCUCUCUGGUAACUUCAUAAAAGAUAAAUACGUAAGCCCUCGGACCAAGAGGUGGGUAUAAUGGCACAGUUAACUCUCGCCCCAGAAAUUCCACUAGGCUGAAAAGAAUAUUAUUUGGGGGCGGGAAAGAGGGAUGCAGAGGUCUUUAGGACCCAGCAGGCGGCGGCAGGCGGCAGUUGUGUAGAUCGCUGAGAGACUACGAGGGUCCGGUUCAGUUUUAAUUCUGUCUCUAAUCUCUGCAACAGCGGUGCUUCCUGGGUCCCGCGGCUCUUUUGCCCAUUCAGUUGCAAGUGGCCGUCAGGCUAAUAUCAGAGCCUCCCGCGCCCCAUCACCCACCAUGGAAACCCUCCAAGAAAAAGUGGCCCCGUACGCGUGUGCCUAAGGAUUCCGCACAAAAGAGGUGCCCAAAAUGAAGACCCUGAUGCGCCAUGGUCUGGCAGUGUGUUUAGCGCUCACCACCAUGUGCACCAGCUUGUUGCUCUUGUACAGCAGCCUCGGCGGCCAGAAGGAACGUCCCCCGCAGCAGCAGCAGCCGCAGCAGCAGCACCAGCACCAGCAGCGGGCAACGGCGACCGGCAGCGCGCAGCCGUCUGCGGAGAGCAGCUCCGCGUCGCGCCCCGGGGCCCCCACGGGACCGCGGCCGCUGGACGGAUACCUUGGCGUGGCGGACCACAAGCCCCUGAGAAUGCACUGCAGGGACUGUGCCCUAGUGACGAGCUCCGGGCACCUGCUGCGCAGCCGGCAAGGCCCCCAGAUUGACCAGACCGAGUGCGUCAUCCGCAUGAACGACGCCCCCACGCGCAGCUAUGGGCGCGACGUGGGCAAUCGCACCAGCCUGAGGGUCAUCGCCCAUUCCAGCAUUCAGAGGAUUCUCCGCAACCGCCACGACCUGCUCAACGUGAGCCAGGGCACUGUGUUCAUCUUCUGGGGCCCCAGCAGCUACAUGCGGCGUGACGGCAAAGGCCAGGUGUACAACAACCUGCAGCUCCUGAGCCAGGUGCUGCCGCGGCUCAAGGCCUUCAUGAUCACGCGCCACAAGAUGCUGCAGUUCGAUGAGCUCUUCAAGCGGGAAACUGGCAAAGACAGGAAGAUCUCCAACACUUGGCUCAGCACUGGCUGGUUCACAAUGACGAUUGCACUGGAGCUCUGUGACAGGAUCGAUGUUUAUGGCAUGGUGCCCCCAGACUUCUGCAGAAAUAGUUCAUCAAGACGUCUUGUAUGUAGGAUGGAAACAAUUUAUGGAAUGGCAUUAACAAGGAUCCCAAUCACCCUUCGGUACCUUAUCAUUAUUAUGAACCUUUUGGGCCAGAUGAAUGUACAAUGUACCUCUCCCAUGAGCGAGGGCGAAAGGGCAGUCAUCACCGCUUUAUCACAGAGAAACGAGUCUUUAAGAACUGGGCACGGACAUUCAAUAUUCACUUUUUUCAACCAGACUGGAAACCAGAAUCACUUGCUAUAAAUCAUCCUGAGAAUAAACCUGUGUUCUGAGGAAUGAGAGUGCCAGACCUAAAUCACAAGUAUCCACCGUAUCAGAUACCGGGCGCUGAACUUCCUGAGCCACCGGACACAAAAAAGGAACAGAACUGGUACAGCAGGAAAUAGCUUCUCUCCUCAAGAAGAACUAUGUACAGAUGCCUACAAGAUAUGACUACAAAGCAGUGCAGCUGGCUUAGAAGGGAAAGUUCCAGAACUAAUAUGUCUUAAUGAAUGUUGUCUCUUUCAAAAGGGGUUACCUUUGGAGCUGAACACUUGUUUCAGUGAUGCUGCCAUGGCUAAAAACAUCUGGCAUCUCUUCAAGCUUUGCCUUCGAAACUGAAACAUGAGCAACUCAACAAAUAAUAUUAGUUGUAUCCCUUUAUAGAAAUGCCAUGUCAAAAGACAAUUUUUUAUCAAGUUGUAUCCUAACCUGAUGUGUACCCUUUGUCAUCUGUGGGACUCUGUGUGUGUGUGUGUGUGUGUGUGUGUGUGUGUGUGUGUGUGUGUGUGAGAUUUGUAAACAAGCAGCCUGAAAGUAUGGACAUGGUUUCUAAAGAGCACAUCUCCACUAACUUUCAUAAAGCAAAUGCCCAGUAUUUAUUUAUUGAGAGUUUUGUAGUGUACUCUAGGCUAGUAUUUUUAUAGAUUAUUAUGUGGUAAUUUAUCCUUAUAUUUAUUUAGGCAAUUUAUCCUAAGUCUUGAAUCUCAAACAAUAGUUGGAAAAUGCCUACAACCUGGUUGAUGAGUUACUGUGUUCACAUGCUCACUGCUAGCAGGCAACUGGUAUUUGGCUUCAAUAUGGUGUCUUGUAUUUUGAACCCUUAGCCUUCAGGAAUAGCUAAGACAUUGUCCAAGGGACAGAAAUGCUCCAAAUAACAAAACUGAAAACCAAAAACUGUGUCAGUAAUACAAAAAGAUACUAACAAGAGAAACUUAAAGAUAGUUUUCUUGACUAAUAAUUGAUGUAGGUCACUUCAUUUAAGCCAUAGUUUCCUCUUCUGCAAAAUGAUCUCACUGUACCAGAUGACCUCUUCAGUUUCAUUCCAAAUCCCAAAUUCUUUGAGCCUCUCAUUGACCCAUCAUGGGGCUCCCACAGUAGCAGGAGCCUCUUUUAGGGGGAUUUUUAUAUUCCCCUGUGACCUAUCUCCCUCUUGUGGUUAAAACAUACUUUCUCUGUGGUCCCCAUUAGCUAAAAUCUACUCCUUGCUUUUCUGGUGCUCCUUGCACCUGAUAUAUAUAUAUAGAGAGAGAGGGGGGGGGGGUUUCCAUGGUUUUGCCUGGCUACAAGAGCAAGAAACUGCUCUUCUGUGAGUCGGUGAGAAGAGAAUAUAAGGAGAUUUUCUAUCAUCUGACUCAUUUAUCCUAUGAACUAUUCAGAUUCACUUGCUGCAAAUCUUACAUUACAUUCAUUGCCAUUCCCUGGUCUGGGGGAGUAUGAAGGACUUAUUUUAUUCAGAGCCGAGAUCAGUUGGUAUGAAAGAUUUUCAUUUAAGCAAAUAAUACUGUUCAAAAAUAGUCUUUUAAAAACACAGCAGUGUUUUUUUUACACAUGGCUUAGAAGGACUUAGUUUUUCUAGUGGCAAAUUUGAAGGCACCAGCAAAUAUUAUGUAUGGAGACUGACAUUAUUUCACAGAACAUGACCUGGCUUGUGAUUAUAGAGGCUUUCCCACAUUACCACUUCUUUCCCCUGCCCUUAAUUAGUAUAAGAUUCCAUUCCUUUGCAUUAGCUGGUACUGUUAAUUAUAUGGAGUACUCUUGUUGAGAGGCAAACACAGUCUACAUAUUUAUAUAGUAAAAACAAAGUUGGUAUUAUUGUGGUGUGGCUGGAGAUGUUAAAAGCCAGUACAAUUGAAAUGUCUGUCCACAAUAUACUGGAAUGUGUUCUUCUCAUUUUCUCAUAGUUUGUAAAGGGAAUUUUAUUCUAGUAUGACCUCUUCUACAGCAUGGACUCUGACUACACAAUACUUUAUGGACAUAUGAAAAGCUUGUGAAUUUUAUAUAACUGAUUUAUAGGGUACCCUUACUAUCACUUGAAGAGAUUAUGUUGUUCAGAUGUAGGGAACUAUUUUAACUACUUUUAUUUUUCUGGAAUAUUAGGAAGGCAUACUUGGGAAAUGCAAAGAGGUAGUCAUAUUACCUAGUCUAAUAAUAUCUCAAAUGUCUGUGUUAUCUUCAAGCUUUAGAGUUUGUUUUUAAAAGACCCUCUGAUAGCUCCUUCUUUUUUGGAACUUCCCCUCGCAACUCCUCUAAAGGGUGAAAAGCAACCAAAUUCUGAAAUUUCUGGCUUUACUGGGAAAUAUUUUAAAUAUACAUGUAGCUAGGAUAUGUGAGUGUGUGAGUUUAUAUUUUUUAAAACAUUGUAUGAAUAAAUGUAAGGAAUUGUCACUUA